AUGAAGGAAAUGUUUGAAAUCUCAGACCUGGAAUUGAUGACAUACUUCUUUGGAAUAGAGGUGAAGCAGACAACAAAAGGAAUCUUUCUCAGUCAGAGUUCCUUUACUAUGAAGAUCCUGGAUAAGUUCUCUAUAAAGAACUGCAAGCCAACAAGCACACCAAUGGCUGUUGGAAUGAAGCUAUCGAGGCAAGGGAGUGGUGAACCAGUUUACGAGACAAUGUACAAGAGUCUCAUUGGCAGUCUAUUGUAUUUGACUGCAACAAGACCCGAUAUUAUGUUUACUGUUAGUGUGAUAUCUAGUUUCAUGAAUUGUUGCAAUGAUCAGCACUUUCAAGCAGCUAAAAGAGUGCUGAGAUACAUCAAAGGCACUAUUGAUCAUGGUGUGUUGUUUAAAAGGUCUGAAAACAUGAAGCUGAUAGGCUAUGUUGAUAGUGACUGGGCUGGAUCAUGUGAUGACAUAAGGAGCACAUCUGGAUAUGCAUUUAGCAUUGGCUCGGGCAUGUUCUGCUCGAGUUCUAAGAAGCAGAAUUUAGUUGCACAAACAACAGCAGAAGCUGAAUAUGUUGUUGCUGCAUCUGCUGUGAACUAA